CACAGAAGGCCAUCUUGUGAGCAUGAGAAGUAUAAAAACAGAAGUGAGGAUAACUGAGGCACUAAGGAGCUGAAGACCUUUGGUUUAUUUUGCUGCAAAACCCCAGACUAAGCUGAAAAGGAAUACUAGGCUACUUAAUAAUAAUUGGAGUUACAGCAGGUUAUUCCUACUAUCGUAAAAGUUAAAUCAGUUUACAAUGCCCCAAGAAGAAGCUUACUCCACUCUCAUGCAUGGUAUAAAGGAGCUCACAUUUAAAGGGCCGCCAGUACCCAGUAAGCUGCUGCUGAAUGGUCAUCAUGCGUUUCCUUUAGCUGUGAAUGCCCAGGAUCAGGUCAUUAUAGCUGCCUCAUGCUAUGGCCUUGGCCGUAUUGUGGUAAUGGGGCAUGAGGCGUACCUUCAAGACUUCCCAGACCUAGUUAACAAUGCCCUGGGUUGGCUUCAACCGUCAUCUGGGAGGCCUAAAGUAGGUGUCAAUUCCAGCUGCCAGGCCAUUGUGGGAAAUCUCUCUUCUUUUGAUGCAGAGGUCUGCCAAUUCAGAAGUGAUCUUGGAGUCUAUAUCUCAGAUGCUUAUAAUAUAGAUCCAUUUGCUGAAAAGAUGGUGAGUUUCCUCAAGGAAGGAGGAGGGGUUCUUAUUGCUGGCCAGGCCUGGCACUGGAACCAGAUACAUCCCCAUGAAAAUAUACAGCACCAUUUUCCGGGUAACAAAGUGUCUGGUGUGGCUGGUAUUUUCUUCACUGAGCACUACGGGCCACAUGGAUCUGUGACUGUGCUAUCGCAGAUGCCUUCCAGUUGGUCUGCAAUGGCUUUAGAAGGAUCCUAUUCCACCCUGAUGCAUGGAAUACAGGAGAUCACCUUCAAAGGGCCACCAGUACCCAGUGAGCUGCUGCUGAAUGGUCAUCAUGCGUUUCCACUGGCUGUGAAAGCCCAGGAUCAGGUCAUCAUAGCUGCCUCAUGCUAUGGCCUUGGCCGCAUAGUGGUGAUGGGGCAUGAGGCGUACCUUCAAGACUUCCCAGACCUAGUUAAGAAUGCCCUUGGUUGGCUUCAACCCUCAUUUGGGAGGGCUAAAGUAGGUGUCUAUCCGACCUGCCAGGCUGUUGUUGGAAACCUCUCCUCCUCCUCAAUUGAUGCAGAGGUCUGCCAAUUCAGAAGUGAUCUUGGAGUCUAUGUUACAGAUGCCUAUCACGUGGGUCCAUUUAGUAAGGAACUGGUGAAUUUCCUCAAGGAGGGGGGAGGGGUCCUUAUUGCUGGACAGGCCUGGCACUGGCACCAGGUGCAUCCUCAAGAAAAUGUUCUGCUGAACUUCACUGGAAACAAGGUGUGCAGUGUGGCUGGUAUUUAUUUCACCGAGCACUGUGGGUCACAUGGACAGACAACUGUCCCACCACAAAUUCCCCUCCGAUGGUCCUUUAAGUCGGUGAAGGGAUAUUUAAAAGAGGACCUUGAUGUGCUGCUGGAUGGAGUCUCGGAAUUUGAUAUUCGUGAUAAUAAUGCAGUACCUUCAGAGGUCCUCGUUCAUGGCCCACUAGCAUUCCCCAUUGCCACCACACCUGACGGCAGGGCCUUCUUGGCCGGAUCUCACUAUGGGCAGGGUCGUGUCAUCAUUGCCACCCACGAAACAUAUCUGAGUGACAAACCUUUGUCCCGCUUCUUAAUAAAUGCUGUGCUCUGGCUGGACAAGGGACGCAAGGGUCUUGUUGGUGUUUCACCUAAGCUAAGAGGAGCAACAAAUCUGAGCAGGUCGGGUCUGCAGUGCCAGGUGACUGACUUCAGUGACCGCAGUGAUGAUCUAAGUGUCUAUGUUUGCACCUCAUACAGUGAUGACCAUUGCAAUGAAAUCCAGAGGUUUGUUGCUGAAGGAGGAGGACUCCUAAUUGGUGGCCAUGCCUGGUACUGGUCCAACACCAAUAUUGCUGAAAAAACACUGAUUAGAUACCCUGGCAACCACAUUCUCAACCAGAUGGGUCUUUCCUUUCUGCCGUGGACGGUAGAGGGAGGAUUGUAUGAAGCUCAAUCAGGACGUGAAUUCUUAGAAGCGUACCAGUUCCGUCAAUUUCUGCAACUUGUUUCCAAUAAUUUAGCUCAGAACCAAAGUUUCAGUGAUGAUCAGCAAGAAUGUCUGAAAAAGAUGGAAAGAGACUAUGUUAAUUACCUCUCUAUGUCUGCUCAUGACUGUGCCUCCUACUCUUCAGUGCUGGAGAUGCUAACAGACUUAGUGAAGACAGGUAAAGUCCCACAGGUAUGUGAAAGCUGCCCAGUUAGAAAUGUUGAAGACCGUCUGCUUCUUGGAGUUGCCCAGCAGGUGUGUAAACAUUGUCCAGAUCCGGAAGCUCUCUUGCCCUACAUCAUCAAGGAUAUCCCGGCUCUUGUAACUGUCAGUAACAGCACUGUGGCCAUCAGUGCUAAAACAGGAGAUGUCAAAGAAUGGAUCAGCACUGGUCUGUACCUGUCCCCUGGUAUGAGGACAAAUAUCAAGUUUCCCUCAAAUAUUGUGGGUAAAGGUUGGAAGGUGCAGAUUGGCUGCCAGACUGACAAUAUUCAGCUCUUAGAUGAGUGGAAACGAGCACCAGUGGUGUUUGAAUGUUUCCCUGUGGACAGUAACACAGUGCAGGUGUGGAAUCUCUGGGGAGGUCUUAUCUACUUUGUUGCCCCACCAAAAUGUCAAGUGGAUGGUGUGGAGAUAUUGGUGAUAUUGGUGGAAAAGGCUGUUCGAGCACCAUACUAUAAAUCUGGGGAGACUACUGUGUACCAAUGGCUCCAGGGUAUAAGGAACUACCCUGCCCCCUGGGCUGAGCUGGAGUUUCAGAACCUAGUUAUCACUCUGAAGUCUGACUUCAUCCGAGAUCUGGAACGGCCGGAUUUGCUAGCUGAACAGUGGGAUGCCGUCAUGAGGGGUGUUGCUGAGCUGGCAGCCAAACCCGGCAAGUUCCCACGCAAGGAGCGAUUUGUGGCCGAUGUGCAGAUCUCAGCUGGAUUCAUGCACGCUGGCUACCCAAUCAUGGUGCACUCUUCAUCAGCCCCUGACCUACUGAAGCUAACUGGCAAAAAAGAUCCCUGGGGACCAAUUCAUGAACUAGGCCACAACCAGCAGCUCCCUGUCUGGGAAUUUGCCCCUCACACUGGUGAGGCCACCAAUAACCUGUGGUCAGUGUUCAUCUGUGAGACGGUGUAUGGACUUAAAUGGGGUGAUGCCCAUCAGAGUCUGAAACCUGUCCAACGACAACAUCGGGUCCAGGAGUAUAUUAAGGGAGGCCGUAGACUGGAAGACUGGAAAGUCUGGACGGCACUUGAGACCUACUUGCAGCUCCAGGAGAAGUUUGGCUGGGACGCCUUUAAGAAGUUCUUUGGUGCCUACCAUAACAUGCCUGCAGUGCCACAAGAUAAAACGAAGAAGAUGAACACAUUUGUGGGGACCUUCUCCAAAGUGGUGGACAUGAACCUGACAUCUUUCUUCAAAGCCUGGGGCUGGCCAGUAGAACCUGCAACUGAGCGGAAGCUCUCAAGUCUGCCUGAUUGGACGGAUCAUCCAAUGGCUGAAUAAAGACCCCUUCGCACCGGUGGUGAAAACAUAAACAUUCGGGUGGGCGUGACGUCACUGGAGGCAGAAACAAUCGUUUGGAUAGGGAGGCGGCUAUUUGAAUAGUACUAGUGAGGCGGCUAAAAUCCGACAGUAAUCUAAAAUCUUUGCUAAAAUGUGUAACGAUAUAACACAAUAUGUACAUACACUCAGUGUACGUGAUCUGGAGGAUUAUUUGAAAAACUAAGGCUACAUUAUCAGAUGGGACCAUCCUGACAGACCCAAUACCGUCAGUGAUUGGAAAGACCGGUUGGCCAUCAGUUGAAUGGCUGGACAUUAUUGAAAAACUUAGUGUGUAAAAGAGGAUGCUGGGAGAUGAACCCGACACAAGACUGAUGUGUACUAGUGCUGAUUUAGUUAGGCAGCAAUCGUCUCUGGUUGUCCGAUAAGAACAGGAAAAUGUCACUUUCCAAACUCUUGGUUUAUUCACACAUUUCAGAAACAUGCCACUCAUCUAGUAGAUCUCUUAACAUACUUGACAUAAGACCGUGGUUUCUAUAAACAGAAUGAAUAAGACAUACCGAAGUAUCAAUAAGUGCAAUAAACAUAUAUGUGACAAUAA